AUGCAAAGACAGGCUACCUCUAUUAACAAAAGGAGGAAGCCCCAUGACAAAGCAUCGCCCCACGCCAACACAUCUGAUUUCGCCGUGUUAUCCUUGGCACUUCACAGCGAUGAUGGAAACUCAAGCGCACGCUGCAGUAAGGCAAACCCCAAACUUCCAGACGAGGAAGCGCCGGAUGGCCCAAGGCACCGGCACCCACCCACUCACCCUGCCCCUCCGGCCGAGCUGCCUCCAGGGAGAGCGGAUACAAGUAACCGCAAAUUACCUCAGAAGUACAGAACAGCGGCCAGGCUGCCGCGGAGCCGGGGCAGGAGGCGCAGGAGCGGCGAUGCCGGCUGCAGACCCGACCCGCGCCCCGUCGCGGCAGUUUCACACCGAGACCCGGGGCUGCACCCGGGCAGGCGCCGGCAGCUCCCCGCGGCUUCCCCCGUGCCCGGCAGGUACGGAGGAGCGGUCAGCGCCAGGCACCACUCUGCCGAGGGAAGGGGCAGCGGGGAGCUCCUCCAGCCUUGUCCCUGCCGGGCGGCGCCGCCACUUCCCUUCCCCGUCCCGCCUGGUGGGAGCGCAGCGGGAGAGAUACCUGCGCCGCCCUCCGUCCCCCUCCCCCGGGGCGGCAAGCCAGGGAGGAAGCAGCCUCCCGAGCGCUCCUCCCCAGACUCGCCCCGAACGGGCAGCGCGUCCCGCCUCCCCCCAGGGGCUCCCCCGACCCCGCCGUACCCCAGCGCCGGGCGCCCUCACCGCUCCUCGUCAGGCGGCGGGAGGAACCUCUCCCACCGAGGAUCUUCGUUCAAAGUGCUGCCCGAGGCGGGGGAGGGAGCGAGGGAAGGGGGAGAGGCUCCUGCCACCGGCCCCGAGGUAGGAAGGGUCGUCGGCCCCGCCGCCUGCCCACCCCAGGGACCGAGCGCCUGCAGAAACAAUAAAUUCUGCGCUCAGGACACGAUGGACAGCGCUUUUGUUCGUGUUUACGCCUGA